AUGGAAGGCGGUGGCGCCUACAACAAGGCCGGGCUCAAUCAACUGAGCAUCGUGCACCGCACCUCCGCCUUUCUCCAAGACAGCGUCAACCACCUUGCCGUAGCCAAGCAGCACGCGCCGCUGCUUCGUAUCGCAGACCUCGGUGCGUCCCAAGGCCGCAACUCGGUCGAGCUUCUCGCUACGGUUCUCAAGCAGCUGCACGCGUCGUUGCCAUCGCCUUUGUCGCGCGAGUAUUUAGUCUACCACGAGGACCAGCCCGGCAACGAUUUCGAGUCCCUCUUUCAGACACUCCAUGGCCCAGCGUCGUACCUCGACCGCUUUCCCAACGUCUACGCCAGUGUCAUCUCCAAGAGCUUUUACGAACGCGUGCUUCCGUCGGAAUCGGUCGAUCUAGCGCUCUCGUACGUCUCGCUGCAGUGGCUCUCAAAACUGCCAACGCCGCUACCGGGUCGUCACGUGACGAUGUUUGUGCCGCACAAGGCACCGCCCGCGCUGGUGCAUGAGUGGAAGACGGCGGCCCACAACGACUUGGUGCGGUUUCUGCAGCUGCGCGCCGUUGAGCUCAGCGACAACGGUGUGCUCUGCACCACAAUGGUGUCCAAGACCCACAGUCCAACCGCCGAACUCUUGCACAAGGCGUUUGGCACCUGGGUCGUCGAGGCUGUCGCGAAUGGCCUUGUGUCGCCUACUACCAUGGAGGCUAUGGGCUUGCCCCUCUAUUUUCGCAGCGAGGAUGAAGUGCGUGUGGCCACGGCGGACGUGCCCGAGCUGACGUUGACGGCGCUCGAGACGGUCUCGCUCGAGAUGCCGUUUGAGGACGUGGCGGCGGUCGCCAACUUUUUCUCGGUCAUUAUGAAGUCCGCGCUGAUGGCGCACUUGACGGACGACGAGCGGGCAAACAUGGCAUUGCACAACGCGCUGGAAGCGAGCUUGCUCCGUCAUUUCGACGUCCUUGUCGACGUGCAUGGCGUCAUGCAGCCACUCUACAAGAGCGUGACGAUCGACUACAUCUAUGCGGCCUGGACGCGUCGUAGCCGCAACUAGUCGCGAUGUGACAUGUGGCGUCUUGCUGCAUUCCACAUAACUCUGACACGCAAUGACCCUUUGCUCCAUCGAUCUAUCCAUCGAUCAAUAUAUCUCUA